AUGACUUCAAUCGCCGUUGUACAGCCACAGUUUCUAUGGGACCUGGCCCCUACGUUCCCUCAGCUGCCAACAUGCUUCAAACACCCCACAAAUGAGCGGCAACCGCUGAGCCUGGAAAACAUCAAUCCGUAUGAGGCAUGGCAUAAAUAUGGCAACGCCUCUUCCUAUGUCAUGUGCAAUGCAGACCAGUCAGGUCUCGCUUGUUCACAGCCUAUUUCGGACGCGAUGCCUCUAGCGGAAGGUACUUUGCCCAUUCAGACAACCACCCAGGCGAUCAUUGGUGAGCCCAAAAGGAGUGCACAAAAUACGACCGUCUCCAAGCCAGAUGCCAUGGAGCCUUCACACAUAUUCGCAAAUCACGACAAGAUAAACAAAGAUUGGAAGGCAAGACGAGACAAGAUCCUCCAGCGUAACCGCCAAGCUGCCAAACGAUGCCGGCAGCGAAAAAAGCUCGUCGUAGAAGAAAUCGAAUCCCUUGCCGAUGCGCAUGUCUGGCGGAACAACGAGCUUCGGAUGCAAAUUGAACAACUGCGUUACGAAAUUCUGGACCUUCACAGCGAGAUACUGAAGCACGCACAGUGCGAUGACGAGCCAAUCAAGCGAUAUCUUUCGCAGAGGGUUAGAAAAAUUUCGGGGGGACAUAUACUCGACACCGCUAGUCCUCAGCCGAUAGACCCGCGGCUGUCUUUCUCUUCUUUGGAAGCACCACCCGAACAACACUCAACAACUAAGACUAUUGUAUAUCCAGAAGAUCAUGGCGCUCAGUAUGACUCGCACGGCUUUGGUGCCGAAAUUUUGCCUUGCCACCAUUCAGCCUCAAUGUCAGCUUCGUCGGAUGGACAGACUGUGGACCGCACUUUCUAUUGGAGAGAAAGACAAAGACUGAGAAGAAAAGCAGAGGAGUUUUAUAGGGCCUUGUCUACGCUGCUAGGGUUUCAAACGAAGCCAGUGCAAGGUGAAGGGAGUGAUUAG